ACAGGAAAAAUGUGAAUGGCGCACUUUGGCAGAAUUCCAAGAAGCCUGAGAAUGAUUCGUACAUCAAAAGGCACUGUCAGCUUGAAGAGCGCAAUGAAGAUUUUUCUAUCGCAGAUAGGAUACACUUACUGCAAGGAAAAAAGAUAGAAGAAACCUCAUGUCAGGUGAUGACUUAUGAACAGUGGAUCCCACCUCGAGUUCACGGUCUGACUGAGCCCAGUAACAGUGAAAUGGUUCCAGAAUCAGACGAUAAUAAAGCUGAAUCAAUGGGAACAUUAAAACGAUUGCAGAAAUUGGUCCGAACCAAGAAAGCCAGUAUACAUAGUUUGGAUGAUGUCAAACAUGUUUUGAUACCUCUCAAUCCACCUCAAGACUCCUGUCUCUCUGAAGAGGAGGAGGAAGCACUGAUUUCCUGCAUGAAACUAACCAAGUCCCAGGAAAAGAAGAUCUGGAAAGACAAUGCUAGGCGAAAGGAAGAAACUGAGACUAGAGCAGAUUUUAUUUCUGCUUCGUUGGGAAGAUCUUAUACUUCCAGACUGAGCAAUAUAGGAAAUAUUUCCAUCCAUUCAGAAACUGAAUUUCAGCUAUGGAGUGACUGGAAGCCCUUUCCCAAUAAUCAGCUCUGCCCAUGUGAUUUCGUGAUCUCAAAAAUAGAAAAAUGGGAAAAUUGUACUUGUUGUUCUCAUCAUCCGCAUCUUACUUGCUCUGUCACUGAUGUGGAUCUUCCAUAUUCAUGGCGCACAAGUAGUUUUGGAAACUUUGACCGUUUUAAACACCAUUCAGUAUCAAAACCAGAUGAUUCAGCUGAGGUAUGUGAAGUGGAGACUGUAAGUGACAUUGGAGAUCCAGGACAAAAUAAAAUGACAGGUAAUGGAGGAAGCCUGGGAAAGAAGAUGCGGGCCAUUUCCCUAACCAUGAAGAAAAAGAUGGGUAAAAAGUACAUCAAGGCACUCUCUGAGGACAUGAAUGAAGAAGGAAAAGACGUCUGCUACUCGCAUAGUGACCCUGGGGAUGGAACACACACGGAGAAGGUCUGCUUAAAAGCCAGUGACUCCAUGGACAGUCUCUAUAGUUUGAAUAGUGGCCAGAGCUCUUCUAGUGGAGUGACUAGCUGUUCCGAUGGAACCAGCAACAGGGACAGCUUUAGACUUGAUGAUGAAGUCCCUUACACUGGACCAUUCUGUGGACGAGCCAAAGUACACACUGACUUCACACCGAGUCCUUAUGAUACUGACUCUCUCAAAAUCAAGAAAGGAGACAUUAUAGACAUCAUCUGCAAAACCCCCAUGGGUAUGUGGACAGGCAUGCUGAAUAACAAGGUGGGGAACUUCAAAUUCAUUUACGUCGAUAUUAUGUUGGAAGCGGAAGCUACACCUAGGAAGAUAAAGGCGCACAGAGGGAGCAAAAGGGCCAAACCUAAAACUCUGCAGGAACUUUUGGAACGGGUCCAUCUUCAGGAAUACUCAUCAACCCUCUUGCUAAAUGGCUAUGAGACUUUGGAGGAUUUAAAGGAGCUACAGGAGAGCCAUUUGAUUGAACUAAACAUUACAAACCCAGAAGACAGGGCAAGGUUACUCUCUGCAGUUGAGAAUCUACAGGACUAUGAAAUUGAACAAGAACAUGAAAAUGAGCAACAGCCCCUGACCUUAAGCCCUGAUCCCAGCUUUAACAAGUCAGUGUUAAAUGACUGUCCGAGAGACUCUGGCUGUUACAUCUUAUCAGAAAAUUCAGAUAAUGGCAAAGAAGAGCUAGAUCCAGAAAACCUAUCUGACAUGCUACAGACGAUCACCCUCACUGAGACCAACUGAUAUACGUGCUUUUCUGCAGCUUUGCAGACAGGACUAUCAGAUAGAUUAAGCUAACUUGCUAGUAUGGCAGCCCAGUAAUGAACUGCAAAUAUUCUCAACAUUGACAGCACUCUUAGGGUUUCCAGCUGAAGUACAAUAUUUUUGACUUAUUCAAUAUAUGGACAUUGCGUACCUGAAUCUUGGUUUGACAAAAAUAAUGUCCCAUGCUUUCCUUGUUUGUUAAUUCUUGAACAGUUGACUGAAGGGAAAAUAAAUAACUGCAGUAUAUAGGGUGACCAGAUGUCCCAUUUUUAAAGGGACAGUCCCGUUUUUGGGGACUUUUUCUUAUAUAGGCGCCUAUUACCCCCCACCCCCUGUCCCGUUUUUUCAGUUUCUAUCUGGUCACCCUAGCAAAAAAUAUAUAUCUAUAUAUUUGUAUAUUAAAUCAUUUUCUAUUAAAAUAGGGAGUUAUUUUUAGGCAUUGGCACAUAGUUCUGGAUAUGUUAUCUUCUGAAACAUUCUGAAAUAUUGUAAAUAGUGUACAUAUUUAUUUUAAAAGCUAAAUAUUAAUUACUGUCCUUUUUAAUCUUCUGAUGAAUGUUUCUCUGAUAUUUGUACAAAACAUCCUUUUCAACAGUACACCAGCAUAAUAAAAAGGUGAUUAGGUUGAUAUUCUACAGUACUAUGAAAAAUACUUGGUCUGACUCACAUUUACAUUAAAGCUGGUUUACAACACUCUGCUGUAUAAAUUGGCCUUAAAAUGGGCAUAAAUAUAAUUUACAGCCACUUGAAGGCCUCUAUGGUGCAAAGGGGCCUUAGUGUAAAUGAGAAUCAGGCCCCUUGUCUUCAGUAGCCUUUAGGAGCAACUUGCAGUUUGAAUUUCGUACACAUUUAUCUUUUGAUUACUAUUUACAGUCUUUCUAAACAUUGUGAAAUGAAAGAGAGAACUAUUAGCAACAAACUGAUAUCCACAACUGAGCUUUCAUUAUUAUUUUUGGUGAAACUCCUUCCUUGUGCACUUAGCGUGAAAUUUAUCAAUAGAAAUACUUGUUUGUACACAAAAGCCAAUAGCUGUUAUCAGUGUCCUCCAUAUAAUAACUAAUCAUCAUUUCCCCAUGCAUUUUACACUGAAAUAUACCUUUUAUUUGCUUUUCCUCUCUUCUUGAAGUACUUCCUUUGACAAUAAACAGAACUAUGCGAUUGAGACUCUUAAAAACUUUUUAAUGUGGACACUGACAUUUCAAAGACAGUACUUUUCUAAUGGUAACAUAA